AUGUAUGAGCCUCAAUGUGCCUUCAGUAAGAUGAGUGAAUUUAGUGGCGCACCUACAGUCAGGGCAAAUCGUAAAAGCAUUGAGCAGAAUGUAAUUUUUCUCACGAACGAACGGUAUUCAACUAGGGGGUAG